UUUCUGUCAGGCUUACUGGGUGAAAACAAGAGCGCUCGAACGCUGGACAUUUAAAAAUCAUUUUUUAAAACCGUACUAUGCAGUCAUUCAUGCACAGGUCAUGUCAUUUUGGUGGAAAAGAGAAGAGCCAAAAUUAUAACUUAAUUUUGGAUGGAAAAGAAAACGCGUUGUAUUACAGAUGAAGAGUUUUCCGGACUAUCCUGUUACCGCCUACCGCUUUGAAUUAAGCAUCAGAAGAUUUCCGCACUGUAUCUACAACCUGACACUGGUGGUGGCUGUCUCAAUUUAGUUUCUUUGUAUUAUUUACUUGCCGAUUGGAAGAUAUGGAGUCUUUGAAUGCAGGUGUCCAUGUGACACACCCUUUUGAUGUUUGAAACCAUCGAAACCCGUUUUGGAAUAAUCCUGUGAAACCGGGUUGACAGGCAGAGAAGGAGGUGUCCGGUAAACUACUGCACACCGUGACAUUAGAAACCGCUGCUAAAUAGACAUUUCAUCGAUGGAGAGGGCCAGCAUCAACGAGUCACUGAGAGACCUUCCUACUGGCAACUGGAUGUCCCACCUGCCUCGCGCGCUAUGGGACGUGCCUCUGUGUCACUUGGCCAUCCCAGGAAGCCACAAUACUGUCACUUACUGCCUGGAUAGAAACAACAGGUCACCGGUAGACCUCACACAGCCGGACAUGCUGCAGAAGCUGGACAAGUACAUGAAGCCCCUCAUUCGCCCUUUUGUUUACAAGUGGGCAAUAACACAGGAAUCCAGUAUGAAGGAACAGCUGGAUGCAGGGGUGAGGUACUGUGACCUCAGGAUUGCGCACCGUCCUAAUGAUAACUCCAGUGACCUGUAUUUCUACCAUGGAGUGUACACCACAGUGACUGUGGAGACUGUUCUGAAGGAGAUCAGAGAGUGGCUGGAUGCUCACCCCAGGGAGGUGGUCAUCUUGUCGUUCAGUCACUUCCUGGGGCUAAACCAAGAGCUCCACAGCCUCCUCAUAGAAACCAUAAGGAAGGUCUUCAUUACGAAGCUCUGUCCAAAACGGGAGACAAUAACCCUGAGGAACUUAUGGCACCUGGGCUAUCAGGUGAUCGUCUCAUAUGAGCACAAUAUCCUGAACCGCUACGACGAGCUCUGGCCCCACAUUCCAUACUGGUGGGCCAACAAGUGCAAAGCAGAGGCGCUGAUUGAGGAGUUUGAGUGCAGGAAACAGCUUGGUCGCCCAGGCGGAUUCUUUGUCACUGGUAUUAACCUUACAGAAGACCUGAAGUAUAUUUGUUCUCACCCCACGGAGUCUCUGAAGGACCUGGUGAUGUCCACCUACCCGGCGCUGUUGGAGUGGGUUGAGGCCCAGUGUCCUGGGCCAAGCACAAGGUCCAUCAACAUUGUUGCAGGGGACUUUGUAACAGAGAGCCAGCUGGUGCCAACAGUCAUUGCACUGAAUGAGCAUCUACUGAAGUGGACAUAGUGAUGAUUACAGAGAGCACAUGUCAAAAUUUUUGUGGACUAAACGUGUAACACAUUGUGUUACAUUUGGACUUUGGCAGUAAACAUGGAGAGAAAAGGAACAUUUCGGUUUAUAGCAUGCAACUAAGAACUUUUAAAAAUACUACAUCUUUUUUGGACAGAAACUUAAGUACACGCGUACGCUCAAAGGAUAAAAAUGUUGUGAUUUGUCUUCCUUCUCGAAUGAGAAAUCGGUACAAUAUAUGCACUGAUAUUUUUAAAUUUAGUAUUUUAAUCAAUGGGUUGUGCUUCAACUGUUACAGAACAUAUUGCCAGUUUACUGGCUUAGUAAAUAUGUGAAUAACCUCAUUGGAUGGAGGAUUUUUAGGAAAUUGUAUUAACUCAGAAGGGUGAUGCUAUGUAGGUAAAGCAACAAUGACAAUGAAAAUACAGCCUUAACACCUCAAGAAAAGUACAAUAGUUGAAUCCUAGUGAAUCAACACAGUUUGCACAAAACUACGCAUGAUGGAACAGAACAGCACAAAAGCUUAGUUGCACUAGCUGCACACACAAGUUUUCUUUGGACAACUGAGAAAUAAUUUGCAUGAAGCUAGCUAAUAUGCCUUUUAAACACACUGAAAAUCACGGUCAGCAUAAAAAGCACUAAAACCUUUAAGGAAAUAAGCUGUUUAUCUAUGGCAUGGAGUUAGAUGCAAAUAUCCCCCCUCGUAUGUUACACUCUGAGGAUGCAUGUCCUAGUUACAAGUUGACAUAUUCUGUGCCUGCUGC